AUGUUGGCCCGAUCACUUACCACACUCGCCUGUCAUGAUCUGGUCCACCCGUCGUUAGCUACUGCCCGAUUACCUGCCUCCGCACCCAUUCACCUGCGCCGCAAUGGAUAUCGAUGGAGCCGCGCCUCCAUCUUCAGCCGAGGAGUUGGGGUUGUAGAAAUGCCAAGCUGGCACUUACCUGCUCUCAUCUUCACCAGGGGCAAGAAAACCCAAUCUACGGUGAAGUUUGACGAUUUACCUCAAGGCGCUCUGCCGUUGGAUCCUCGUUCCAUGCCAGAUGAUGGCCCAGUCUACCCGACCGUCGUGCUGCAGGCACGUCGAAACAUGCAAAAGUUUGACAACUGUGUGCUAUUGACACGUGUCGGCGGCUUCUACGAGCUGUAUUUUGAACAUGCCGAAGAGUACGGACCUCUGCUUAACCUCAAGGUCGCCCAGAAAAAAACAAAUGCCGGCCCCGUUCCUAUGGCAGGUUUUCCUUUCUUCCAGCUGGAUCGAUUCCUCAAGAUCCUAGUCCAGGACCUGAAUCGCUACGUUGCCAUCGCUGAGGAGUUCCCCAAUAAGGCGCCAGACAAGGUCAAGUCUGGUGGGCUGAUGCAUGAUCGCAGAGUUGCUCGUAUCAUCACGCCAGGAACAUUGAUCGACGAGAAUUUCAUGGAUCCUUAUGCCAACAACUACGUACUGGCUGUCCAUGCGACGGCGGCCCAGCCCGGAGGGGCAGUGGGAGACUCAUCCCAUUCAGCCGCUGACGAGAGCAUGACUAUAGCGACUGAUGACCCUGCCGAACCACUCCAUUUGGGCCUCGCGUGGUUGGACCUGUCCACCGGCCAGUUCUACACGCAAGCUACCGAUCUUUCACAGUUGUCCUCGAUUCUGUCGAGAAUAUGCCCGCGAGAGGUCGUGCUCGCCAACGAACUACAAGCUCAAACUGGCCAUGGGCUGUUUUCCAUACUUGCGGAGGACCGCCAUCUCGUCACAUAUAGCCCGUUCGGCGAAAUAAGGCGUAUUUCCGAUUGGACGCAGAUGCUCGAGUCUGAAAUUCCUCAGGCAACACGGGAUGCCUUUACCGAGGGCGAGGUGAUGGCAGGGAGCCUGCUUCUGCACUACGUUAAAGAGCGUCUGCUGGGCUUGAGCAUGAAGCUACAGCCGCCCCUACGUCACGAGAACAUGCAAAUCAUGAGCAUAGACAAAAACAGCAUGCGCUCCCUGGAAAUUAAACAGACGAUCCGGGAUGGGAACUUCCGGGGUAGUCUUUUACAUGCCAUUAGACGAACUGUUACGAAAAGUGGUGCCCGGUUGCUCAAUGAUUGGCUUGGCGCGCCCUCGACCUCACUCGAUGUUAUCAAAAUGAGGCAGGAUCUUGUGGCUCGGUUCAUAGAGGACCCAGACUUGCGCGAUGCCGUGAUACUGCUCCUUCGCCGCAGCCAUGAUUCCCAACGUUUGGUUCAAAAGUUUGCCCUCGGUCGAGGAGACCCGGACGAUCUGGUAGCUUUGGCCAACACCGUCCAAGCCACUGGCAAUAUCAACCAGCUGCUGGCCGAGACAAGCGAUGAGUCCAACUGUCUGGCCCAGAUGAUUACCCGGCUUGAUCUCAAAAAACCCCUGAAUCUUGCACGACGGAUCAAGCAAGCUAUUGACGAGGAGGGCAUCGUUCAUCAGCAUGAGAUCGAGGAAAACGAGGCAGGGGAAAUGAUAGCUCUUGCCAAGGAUAUUGUGAGUAACGAAGGCACGCAAGAAGAUGCUGCCUCCUUGCCGAAGGGUGCCGCGAAGAAGAAGCGCCCCAGCUCCGUCCGGGAGGCCUACGCCGAUGACAAUGUGGCCUGGAUAAUGAAGCCGGGGGCCAGCCGUGUCCUCCGACAGCUUCAUGCAGACCUGGGCGCCCUACAUGCCGAGAGAGACGCUCUGACAGAAACUCUCCGCAAUCACCAUGGCGCCACCUCCUUGACUCUCCGCUGGAGCCCUGCCCUCGGUCACUUCUGUCACAUCAAAGGCAAAGACACUCGUUCCGUCUCAGAUAUCAUGGCCCUCAGCGCCAGCCGCUCGACGCGCUCUUUCCACGCCCCUGAAUGGACUCGCCUCGGCCAGCAGCUGGAGCAUGCCCGGCACAGCAUCCGCACCGAAGAACAGCGCGUCUUCCAUGCUCUUCGCGCCGCCGUGGUCCUCAAUCUCGUCAAGCUGCGCCGGAACGCCACUGUUCUUGACGAACUCGACAUUGCCACCUCUUUUGCCAAGCUCGCCGUCGAGCAGAGCCUCGCCCGGCCCGUUCUCAACAACUCGACCGCACACACCAUUAUUGGCGGCAGACACCCAACCGUCGAGGGGGGGCUGCACGAACAGGGCCGCAGCUUUAUCCGGAACGAUUGCCUCGUAGGCGGUCCCUCUGCUGGCCGGCUAUGGCUGAUCACAGGACCCAAUAUGGCUGGUAAGAGCACGUUCUUGAGACAGAACGCCCUCAUCACGAUCCUCGCUCAGAUCGGCUGUUACGUCCCCGCAGACUACGCCGAGCUGGGCAUGGUAGACGCUCUUUUCAGUCGCGUUGGGUCGGCGGACAAUCUGUAUCGUGACCAGAGCACCUUCAUGGUAGAGAUGAUGGAAACGGCGCAGAUUCUCCGCAACGCGACGCCGCGGUCCUUUGUCAUCAUGGACGAAAUCGGUAGGGGAACGACUCCCGAGGACGGCACGGCGGUUGCGUACGCGUGUCUGCACCACUUGGUCACCGUCAACCAGUGCAGAACGCUUUUUGCGACGCAUUUUCACAAGGUAGCAGACCUUGCGUUGGCCGAGGGCAUUUGCGAGUCUCAAGGAGGCGUGGACAUGUAUUGCACGGAUGUGGAUGAAGACGAACAUGGUGGAUUUGUCUAUAUUCAUAGGCUACAGAAAGGGAUUAACCGCCAGAGCCACGCACUCAAAGUUGCGCGAUUGGCAGACCUGCCCGAGCCGGCGAUAGAGGUCGCCAAGCAGGUUCUUGGUAACUACGAAAAGGCCAGCAAAUUCUGA